UCGAACGGUGGAACGCCGCGUUGGGGCGUCUCCUUGCCGCGUUAACGUCGAGGCAACGUCCGCGUUUCGUUUUCUCACACUACACCGUUAAACCGUGCCACCGCCUUUUCUCUCAUAUCCAAAAGUCUCCUCAAAACUCGGGUGGCUACGAAACGUCGUUGCGGUGUUGUUUCCGGCUUAGCCGAAUCUCGGAUCAGCAUUAUCCAAAAACGAAAAAAUCUGAAGGAAGAAGUCCGAAUUUUUGUACAGUGACGCGAUUCGAGUUGUGCCGCGCAGUUGUGCACAAGAUGUCUCUCAGUUGAGGCUUACUUUACGGAAUAAAGUGCUGGCUAUUAUAUAUUGGCUAUCGCCGACCCACAUGUAUACGCGACACACGUUCUGUUUCACCAGGGGGAUUGAAGAGCUUUAGCGCUGAUCGUCCAUCAACGCCAACAAAUUAUCUCCCGCAGUGUCUCUAUCAGUGUUUGGUGAAUAAAAAUUUUCGCCGAGCUUUCCUCCAUUGAAAGCUUCACAUCGGGCUCGAACUCUUUGAACGUGAUAUCUCUCGAUAUUUUCCUUCUUCUGGUCUUUCUCCCGGUUAAGCGAACCAUCCUCCUUUUUAACUUCUCUCUCUCUCUCUCUCUCCCUCUCUCUCUCUCUCUCUCUCUCUCUCCCUCGACUUGUAUUUGUCUAUUUCUUUCUUCUCCAUUUCGAAAAAAGCGGAUCGUAAUUUUUGUUCUGGAAUUCCGUAAAAAUUUUGCCGCCCAACGGAACAAGAGUUUUUCAACCGAGAAAAGUGUAAAUGAGUUUUUUUUUCUUUUUGUUUAUUUUGCGGUCUGUCCAUUUCUAAUUUUGAAGCCUUAAUUUUGAGAUCUCUCCCAUAGUGGGCUCACAAUCCCCUACCCCUCUCGUUGUCAACGAUGUUACGAUGUCGCGGCGCGUAACCGAAUACUGCAAAGAGUUCACUGACAGGCUAACCACGAAACAGUGGCAUUCACCCUUGAUCGUAAAUGUGGAAACUCGCUCGCCUCGAUGGGAAAUGCUGCUCAUCCAGGCUUUGGAACAGUGUUUCAAUAAUAAUAUAAUUAAAAGCAACAUCAACAACAACAAUUCAAAAAGUAUUAAUAGUCGAAACGCGAAAAACAAGGAUUUAAAAAAGAGUUUGAAAAUCAAAGAGAAUAAUAUAAAUAAUAAGAGUGAGAUCGAUACUGGGAUUCGUACAAAAUAUCCCUAUUUUCCAACGGUAACUAGUGUCGCGUCUGACUGCAGCGCGACUCGUACUACUUGGCCGAGGUGCUCUACUGGCGCAACCCCUGACGAUCAAAUUCCUUUGCUCCCGUCCACCGAUCCUCAUUCUCUACCCGUUAUUCACCAUCCUUCCUCGUUACAUUCUUGCCAUUAUCGUUUAACGGAUAUUAACCUAUAUACUUCCAUUGUAACGGCCAUCCUCACUGCCUCUUGGAAUUCAUUUCUCGUAUCUCGUGGGGUCAAGCCCAGAUUCGAGCUCGCCAAAAAUUGUCGCGCGAAAACAGAUAUGCCCGGGCCCAUUUGUACCGAGAGCUUCUUGCAUCGUCUUUUGGUCUGAAACACCAGAGCCGUACCACAGUCGAUCGUUUCCUCUGUCUGCCUCUCUCGCUCUCUCUCUCUCUCACCCUCCCACGCUCGCUCCCUUACCUCUCUCUCUCUCUCUCUCUCUAUCUUUCUUCCCCCCUCUUUCGCUACAUCAGCUGCGUCGGGCAAACUCCAACUUGAGCUGUUCAGGUGGUCGUGAAACGAAAAAUUUUUCGUCGUAUUUGUCUCAGCCUGGAACGACUGAAAGCGUGGAAAUUAAUUCCGCGCGUCUCAACCAAAGGCAAGACGGGAGUCGAUAAACGAGAAUCCCUAAUUGCCGGCCACGAUGGCUUGUGAAUUCUUCAAGCGGAACCUACGAUGUCCGAUUCACGCGGUUUCAAGCCAAUAAGCCAACUGUGGAACGCCGCAGUCUCGGGUGAUCCGGAUUCGGAGUGUCUUUACGAGGAGAUAUCAGGUAUCUCAUCGUCGCGUGAAAUAGGGCCGGUGGUUGAUUCGCGUAGUUUGGCUGAUUCAAGAACGAUAAUACCAGUUGGAGAAGGAACGAUCGAUCGCGCACGUAAAAAGAGAAAAGUUGGUCGCGUUCAUCAUCAAGGAGGGGUUGAAGAGGAAGAAACAAACGAGGAAGACGAGGAAGAGGAAGAGGACGAGGACGAGGAGGAGGAAGAGGAGGAGGCGGCGGAAGGAAUCGGUAGAGUCGGAGGACGAAGCAGUGGAGGAGGAGAAGGUGGUGGUGGUGGCGGCGGUGGCAGUGGUGGCGGUGAGAAAGGAGACGGGCGUAGAAGUAGAAGCGGUGAGGAAGAGAACGGGAUCCGCACCAGAGUGGAGGAGCUUCGAUAUGUUUCACGUGGAUACUACGGUGAGGUCAACACAGGAGGACAAAUCGAAGCGGCUGCGACAUACAAGCUGACGAGGGGUAGAAGCGCAGCAGCUCGCUAUCUUCAAUCAGCGGCCGCAGCCGCCGCUCAUUAUCAUCAUCAACAUCAACAACAGCAGCAACAACAAUAUUACCAACAACAAUCCUAUCAUCAACAACCUUAUCACCAUCAUCAUCAUCAUCAUCCGCAUCAUCAAAUCGGUAGUCUCCGACGUACCGGUAAACAGCGACAUUAUCAGUUCCCAAGGGGUGGACCAUUCAGUGAUGAGACGCAGGAAGAAAUACAGGAGGACGAUGAAGCUACUCUUAGGGAGUUGCUCGUAAGCCUACAGAAACAGGUGAGCGUGAUGAGUAUGAAUUUGAGCGCCAAGCUGGACGAGCUUCAGCGUGGUGAUCGCCAGCUGGAAACCACCGUCGCUCUUUGCGAAAUAAGAACUCAACUGCAGGAACUCACCAAGAGCGUUGAGUCCUGCCAGAGCGAGGUCAGCGAGGUCAAACGCGAUAUGGUGGCGAUCAAGCAAGAACUGGACACGGUCCAGCAGGUAAAGGAUGAAAUCGAGUCUUUGAGAGAAUACGUCGAUCGGCUCGAGGAGCACUCGCAUCGACGGAAACUCAGACUCCUCGAGCAGGGCUUGACGUUCUUCCUGUCAUACGCCAUAUUGGCAGCGGUACUCGGCAUGUUACAGUUUGGAUACAAUACCGGAGUAAUCAAUGCGCCUCAAGGGAAUAUCGAAAACUUCAUGAAAGACGUCUACAAAGACAGAUACGGGGAGGAUUUAUCGGACAAAGCUGUACAAAAGCUGUACUCGGUGGCCGUCAGCAUAUUCGCAAUUGGCGGUAUGGUCGGCGGUUUUAGCGGAGGCAUUAUUGCCAACAGAUUUGGCAGAAAGGGGGGCUUACUGCUAAACAACGUGCUGGGCAUCGUCGGGGCGUGCCUGAUGGGUUGUACCAAGAUAGCACAGUCUUACGAGAUGCUGUUCUUCGGGCGGUUCGUCAUCGGCGUCAAUUGUGGUUUGAACACCUCCUUGGUUCCAAUGUACAUAUCGGAGAUAGCGCCGUUGAAUCUGAGAGGUGGCCUGGGCACGGUGAACCAGCUCGCUGUUACGGUGGGCCUCCUCGUCUCCCAGGUGCUGGGCAUUGAGCAAAUCCUCGGAACUAACGAUGGUUGGCCGGUUCUAUUAGGAUUGGCUAUAUGCCCGGCGAUAUUACAGCUUGUACUCCUUCCAAUAUGUCCAGAAUCUCCAAGAUAUUUGCUCAUUACGAAGCAGUGGGAGGAAGAAGCUCGUAAAGCUCUGAGAAGGCUGAGAGCGAGUAACCAAGUAGAGGAAGACAUUGAGGAAAUGAGGGCGGAGGAAAGGGCUCAGUUAGCCGAGUCGACGAUCUCAAUGACCGAGCUCAUAUGUAGCCCGACGUUGAGGGCACCUCUCGUUAUUGGCGUUGUCAUGCAACUGUCGCAACAACUUUCGGGCAUCAAUGCGGUAUUUUAUUACUCGACGAAUCUCUUCAAAAGUGCUGGAUUGUCGGAAGAGAGUGCCAAGUUCGCGACGAUCGGUAUAGGUGCGAUAAUGGUGUGUAUGACGUUGAUUUCCAUCCCGUUAAUGGACAGGACAGGAAGGCGAACGUUACAUCUGUACGGCCUUGGUGGCAUGUUUAUCUUUUCCAUAUUCAUCACUAUUUCGUUUCUCAUAAAGGAGUUUUUCAAUUACGUGCAGGAAAUGAUCGACUGGAUGUCCUAUCUCUCGGUCGUAUCGACCCUGAGCUUCGUUGUCUUUUUCGCGGUCGGUCCUGGCUCCAUACCAUGGAUGAUAACUGCCGAAUUGUUCUCCCAAGGCCCAAGGCCAGCUGCAAUGUCCAUUGCCGUUCUUGUCAAUUGGAUGGCAAACUUCAUCGUCGGUAUUGCUUUUCCGAGCAUGAUGGAUUGCCUUGAUAAUUAUACGUUCCUACCGUUCAGCGCAUGCCUCGCCUUCUUCUGGAUCUUCACAUAUAAGAAGGUUCCCGAGACCAAGAACAAAACCUUCGAGGAGAUUUUAGCUUUAUUCAGGCAUGGUCAUGACAGGAGCAGCUUACGGGAUAGCAGAUUAUACGGCAUGCUAAACAGUGUGAAUGCGUUAGAAGGACACAACCCACCGGCCGAGAGCGCAGCCCUGAUGGUUGCUGAGGAGAAGCCACGUCCUGAUUCAUUUGUGUUUGCAGCUGGAUCAGAACGUUCUUCCAUCGCUCCCGCUCAACCGGAGAGGGCACCGCCCCCGCUUCCCCCGCCACGCUUUCCGAACAGCGGUGUCUGACAAUGGGAAACUCCUCUUAAUAUUGGCAACUUAACGAUAAUGAAAACACCGAUACCGCUGCCACUUUUGAUGAGUACGACGAGCUUCGAGAUCGGAACGCAUCUGUACGAAAUAAUAACAGAAAGGAGCAAAGCGUGUGCGACAUUUCUGCGCGACAGUCUUCGGUGCGCCGCCGCUAGCCCCCCCGUCACCUCGACGACCUCUAACCUCACAUUCGACGCGGCCCAAAAUGAAAAUUCUACUCGCCUCGAAAUUUAGAUUCAACACGCUCGAAGAAUAUCACGCCCGGCGAGAAUAGAUUAUAUGUUACGAGCGGGUCCUGCGGCACGAGUGUACAUUUUAUCCGAAAGUCCGGAACUCGCCAGAUCUCGUCGACCGCUCUCGCAAAUAACGUACUACGGUCUAAUUACGAGAUAAAAAUACGAGACGAGAUUUUACGAAAUUUUCAAUUAGGAAUACUCUUUCUCUCUCUCUUUCUCUCUCUCUCUCUCUCUCUCUCUCUCUCUCUCUCUCUCUCUCUCUCUCUCUCGAUCUUUUAUUUGACCAAGAACGUUAAAUGCGCUACGAUACCGCCAGCUCCUAAUUCUGCACCUUUUGGCUUGUCGAAUUUAACCGCGGUUUAUCCAUUCGUGCGGGCGUGCGAACCAUGCAUAAUUGCACGGUUAGUACCGAGAGGGCUCUGCGAAUGGUGAUGGUUGCGCGUGUACGUGAAAAGGGAAAAAACUUGGGGUGCUGCGAUAUAUACCGAUGUAAAUAUUGGACACUCGUGUGGUUUGUUAUUAAAUGACAAAAAAAUAAGCCAAGUUCUGCGACGAAUGUAUUAGAAUAGAAUAUACAUUCUACUUAUGCUGGGAUAUGUAACGAAAGGUUUCCGACAAAUAUAGUGUCAUGUGUAAUCACCGUGCGAUGGCCAAUUCUCGCUAUCGGAAAAUAGGCAGAAGGGUCUCUUUUCUAGAACGUCCGAUGAUUCGGCAAUCCAAAAGCUAUAUUUAAAUAAGAAACGAUCCUCCAAAUAUAAUAAGUACACGUGAAUUCCGCAAAUCUUAUAUACGCGCGAGGAGUACCGCGGCGACGAGUCUGGACUCCGCCCCCCCCCCCCCCCCCCCCCCCCAUUGCCUUCGAAACACCCGCGCACCGUAAAUAACACACACGUUCGUACCGCCUAUCUUUUAUUUUAUCGGUAGUUUUUUCAAUAUUUUUGUCGGUUUCCACCGCAUCACUCGGAGCUUGGUCGCGUAAUUUAUACGUAGGAAUCUGCGCUCACUGUGCAUGAGGCUUUUAAUGCAAGCGAUGACCCGCUGAUAUUAUUUUUUUUGUCGAUCUCAGCCGUUAAAUAAAAGCGCCGCGGCACCGCGGCAAAUACGACUAUUCGCGGGAAUAGUCGUAACCGGUCGCAGGAUUCGAAUCGUGUAACUUUUAUGUUGUUCGCCUCCGCGUGAGGCUGCUUCCCGUUUUGUUCCCGUGUGGCGCAUGCGGGAGAAAAGACGCGCGUUUGCUUUUUUUUAUUUGAAAAGUAGGCUUUGACGCGUGCAUCUUCGCGCUGCGUAUCAUCGUUCAUAGUUCGGACAACUUUGAUCGCGAACGUGUUAUGAGAUUUUCCAAGAUUGCUCAAACUUGAAAAUAUGGUGAUUUUGAAUUAAAAUGCUCAUUGGUCGGCCCGUUGGAAUAGAUCACGUCAAGUCGAUAUAUAUGAAGUUAACAGCUUUGCAUGAACUUGGUUCAUCGUUGGUGCGGAGCUAUAUCGCAACCCCGCUAUAUCGCCAUCGCGCGCGGCGGCGAGUUUGCGAAUUGUAUAUAGUACGCGGUAGCGGCGAAGAAUAAGCGGUAGCAGCGUUAAUUCGUGGGAUAAGCAGAAUCAUACAUAUGCCUCGAAUCAUCUAUACAAUACCUUAUUCCACCAUAUGUAUGUAUAUAUACCUAUAUAAUUUUGUAUAUACUUGUAUAUUUGAAAAUUCUACGUCUGCACAUUUUUACCCUAGUAGCACAUUUCAAAAGUGUACCAUUAAGGUAACUUUUUGGCACACUUUUGAAAUGUGCUACUAUAGGGUAAACACGAGUAAUGUACACGGGCUGUCCCGAAACACGUUUUAUAUAUGUUCGCUCGUAUGUUCAAAAAAUUUUGGCUCACAAUCAAUCGCGAGCACAAACAUCUCGAGCGACAAAAUUUCGUAACGGUCUUUCGUCGUGCCGCGGAUGCGUACAACCCGCAAGGAUUUUCAUCGAUCGAUAUUUACCGAUCAGAGUAUCGCUAUUUGCGCUACAAUCGCUAACGCACUACCAUUGAACGGUGUUACACUAUAUUUUGCAUUUUUAGCGCAAAUAGCGACUCCUUGAACGCGCCUUCGGUCGGAGCCGCUUCGGGUGAAAAUUCGCGGCGAAUAUAAUAAAGCACGCCCACUACUCGCACGUGUUCAAUUAGAAAUUAAUUCUCCCUGGGAAUCUCCGUUCCCGCACAAGUUCGACGUGCCAAGUUUAAUGAAAAUUCAAAAAUCGAGAAAGACGUAGAACAAACAUGCGCGGUAAAUCGGAAAGAAUAUGAGAUAUAUAGAAAGCAAUAAUAAAUCCUGCGUGGCCUCGUGCGCAUAUUUUUAUUGUUUUGACAACGGGACGUAAGUAUAUCAGAAUAUCGUCUAUACGCUGCACUGAAUCGACGCAACUCACCAAUUAUCGUCGUUACGUCGCGGCAAUUGAAAAAAAAUUCAAAUAUACUCGCUCUCAUACUCGGUUAUUUUUUUUUUUUAUUCAUCGUUGAAAUCGUUACUUUUUCACACAAAGAAUAUUUAACUCCUCGCGCGUAUGACCACGCAAGUGCAUCAAAGCUCUGAAACUUUGGAAUAGGUAUCUUUUGCGUAUAGUUCAAUAUUUUCCGAUUAUUUUUUUAAAUAUAGAUAUACGUCUGUGCGACAACGAGAUUUUCCUUGAAAAUAAGGGAGGGCACUUUGUUUGAUGACGGUUGUGCAUAUAUAGUUAAUGUCCGCGCAUUAUCCGGUGCAUGGUACGCGCGCAUAAAUCAUUUAAUCAACGCGCACGCAGGUAGAAGCUUCGUUCAUCCGAAUUCAACGGGAUCGCGAUACAAACAAAUUUACACGGAUGCUGCUGAUCCAUUUCGAAAAAAAAAAAAAAUGUCGAAAAAAAAUCGAUUCUACCGAUAAAUUGUAGAAAUUUUCUCAAUUUCAUAUCAAAACAAAUUCGAACGAGUAAUUUGGCACUAUAAGCGCUGGAAAAAAUAACUAGACCCGUGAAACGUGCACAUUUGACGCAAAAGACGUGCUCCCGUGCACUUUUGAAAUUUAUAAUCCAUUAUUAUACAGUACAUUUCAACUCGCAUCGUUCGGAAUACACGCGCAAUUAUCAUAAACGCGGAAUAAAAAUAGCUCAUCUUGCGGCGGCUCUUGUAAAACUCUGACAAUUUCAAUGAGCGUGAGAACAAAAAUGCCAUCUCUAAAGCUCUCGCUCGCGUAAAUGUCGAACUAUUUCUUACUGCUUGGAUAUGCGCCGAUCGCAGUUCUUUACUUUAUUAUCACCAAGAAGUGGUGAUAUGUUGUGUAGCAUAUAAGAACUAUAAAAUAGAUAGAUUAAAACCCGAAAGAAAACGUGGAAAUAAGCGCCGAUAAGAAAGUAUUCGAGAAUUGCAAUUUCAUGCUGCGAAAAUUUCUGGAACAAUUUCGACCGAUUGGGAUGAACAAUUUUAUGUUUAGUUUCCAUCAAUUAUAUAGCUAGGUUGCACCAAUCUUCGUUUUAACCCCCGAUCGACCCAAGAGUUUCGCAUAAAGCACGAUCGAAUAAUCUCGGAGCGAUGAAAAAGAAAAAAUAAAUAAAAUGAAAUAAAAAAACAAAAAUGGAAAAUUGAGAUAGACGGACGAUGCAGCGAUAUCUAGCGAUGAAUAAAUUAUGUAUAUACGAAUCAGUGCGCGAAACUCUCGAUACUGAGCGAAAAUGAAAUAUGGAUAAAUCGUGAUUAGAAGGCAUAUGCGUAUACGAAUAUGCUAAAACUUGGGUUUCGUCGCAUCGUGUUAUAUAUAUAUAUAUAUAUCCGAAAUCUGAGACGAUGUAACUGCGCGAAUGAGAAAUUUAGAAUAAGGCGUAACGGAACUAUAGAUGGCUCAAUAGCGAAUGGUAUGAUGAACGCAACGAGCAAAUCGAUGUUACGAUGUUUGACACAGCAAAUUUGAGACAUUGAAAGGUGGGGGCGAGGAAAGGUGAGAAGAAAAUAAAAACACUGAAUGACGCGAGGUCAUGGUGCAAAAGUGUGUGGAGAGGAAAUGAAAAAAAGUUAGACGAUGUCGGAUGAGAGGGGAGGGGAUUGCACAUAGCGAUGAGUAGCGCGAAUCGAAUCGAAUGAUGAAAAAAAGCUAGCAUAUCUGUUUUCUCAAUCAUCAUAUUUCUGUUGCAAAAGAAAGGGGAGCCCCGAAAGACGCGAAAAAAUAACAAGAAAGAAUGGAUAAUAAUAUAAAAUUCAAUUUGCGCGAUCGUUAUCUUAUUCAGAAUUCUUGAAUACGUUGUGCGCAUGUAUAUCGUGCUUAUAUAUUGAAUUCUAAUAUAGAUACGAUUGAAAAGCGAGAUAAACGAGGCCGGACGAGGACGUAUCGAAUUGUGGGAGGAGGGGGGGGGGGGGGGGGGGAGCAAAGCCGCCAAUUACCAGAUUGAAAAUUGUAUAUAUAUAUAUGAUGUAGUAUUUUAGUCUGUCAUGGCGACCACAGUGCCGUUGCUCUACGAUAUUAUAUACGUAUAACAAAAAAUUCAAAGUACGUUCGACUAGCGCGCACGUAUAUAUAUAUAUAAUCAAGCGCUCAAAGUGUUGCGGUAUUGUCGUUGCAUACGACAUCGAGUGCUUUGAGUGCCAACAUAAGCGUACACGGCAAACGCGUAUAUGCUCUCUGGUUCCAAUCCGUAUAUAUUUGCUUCAACGUUUCCCACCCCAGUCAAUACGACUCGAAGCUCGUGUUUCGAACGACGGCGAUGAGAAAUAAUUUUUCGAGUGUACCGAGAAUAGUUAAUAGUAUUCGAAAAUCUCAUUCGCCAUAUAUGGCACACCCCAAACAUCCUUUGGGCGAAAUCGGCCUUUUCAAACGAAAACAAACUCAAACAAAACAGAAAACGGGAAACCCAUCCUCCUUGCCGCGUGUAUAUGUCGUGUAUGGUUUACGGGGGGGGGGGGGGGGGGAGGGACAAAAAAAAACAAAAAAACAAUUACAACUAAACACAUCGGAGUAGAAAAAAUGCGAAUGACGCGCGAGUUAGGUAAUUUAAAAAAUGCGAGCAAUAAACGCAGAAAUAGAUUUUUGAGUCAAUGAUUAACGCACGUAUUUGAAAAAAGAGAGAAAAAAAUUUAAAUAAAUAAAUAAAUAACCAAUACUCAUUGAUGGAAGAUACUUACUUAGAUAGAGCCUUACGAAAUUUGGAUCGGUCCAUCGAGCAAGUGAUCACAAUAAGCAAAUUGUAACAUAAGUUCACUGCCAUAUUAAAAUGCAACUUGCGCUCUAACGAAUUAAAAAAAUUAAACGAGGCGUCAAGGCAAAUGUUUAGACGAAGAAAAAAAACCAAAUGACGAGAAUAAAGAAAGAAGCGCUGACAUUUCAAAUGUUAAUAUGUGUUGUGUACAGUCGUGUGAGAAUCAAGGCGAUCGAGUGAAAGAGCAUGCGGCGAAGUAUGAAAUCGCGAGCGAAGAAAAAUGAAAGACGAGACGGAAAAGAAAGAAAUAAAUUGCUUAUAAUUAUAUUUACAUGACGAUACUAAUUACAUUACGGAGUAUUAUUGUAAAAUUUAAUUAGAGUUUAAAAGCGAUAUAUUAAGAACCGUAUACAAACGUAGGUUUAUGGACAAAAAAAAAUAUGAAUUAUAAUGAUGAAAAUUAACCGAUUAUGCAGAGCUAUUACACACACCGAUUGGAGAUGUUUAUAAAGCACGCUUUCAGUUUUUAAAUGCAAGAAUACUCAUGGCGGGCAUAACGAUAAUGAUAUCAUAAAUUGGAACGAUAUUUUUAUUCUGCGAAACGUUGAGAUAAAUAUGUAUGAUUAGCCUAUAUGAUCCAAAAUGUAUUUCCUCCCGUUAAUAAUUAUUCCAUGUUUUUAUCAUUGAAAUUAAGAUUUUCACAAAUUACGAACGAAAACAAUCGACACAAUCUGUAAAUAAUAUUAUUCAAACGUCAGUAUAGAGAAAUUUUGAUUUUACAACAGAAAUACGUCGGCGCGCGUAUUCAUCGUUUCGUCAAUUUUUUUUUUUUUAUUCUCGUAUUUGUGUUGGUGUUUUUCACGACUGGCCGCGUACAAUCACGUUGAAAGGUUUAUGAAAAUUCCGCUAAAAAAUAACAAUAACAAUGCGUUUCGCGAGGGCUUUUUAUUUAUUUUAAAACGGAGAACGAACAAUACGUUAUCAAUUCUAUGGUCGGUCUAAAAAUGUAUGUACAGUUAACUUAGAAUAUGAUAAUUAACGAUAAAGUUUACAUCGAGAAUGAGUAGUUAAAACAAAAUUACAAUAUUGUUAUUAGAUCAAAGUAUUCACCUUCUAGGCAAUUGCAAAACUAUGCGUGGUGAAAGAUUCUUCAUAACUCUGUCGAAGUGAAAUUAAACGAAAAAACCUACAAAUACACGCGCACACACACUUGAAAUAAACGUUCAGAGUUUCAAUAAUUUCUAAAACUCGACAAGAUGCGACUACAUAUUUACUUUGGAGUAAAAAAAAGUGCUCAAGUUAUAAAAUAAUGACAGCUGUUCAAAUUUACGUUGAAUUAUAUUAUUAAUAUUAUUCGUCGUUAUUGCUACUUAUGUGCAAUAUUCUUCUUAAUUUUGGAUAUUAAUUAAUAAAAAGUGAAAUAUGAAACAUUCAA